UCUUCAAGCAAAUUGCGACCUGCCGCAAAGGACUUUUACCUCCAGUUUACAACCCGGUGCCUUGAAAGACGAGUGGGCAGCGAUAUGUUCAACAAAAAGCCCCGGAGGAACUUUCGGCAGAGGAAACAAAGCUCCAGCGACGGAGAGGAACAGCGGGGGACCAGCGGAGAUGGAGGCGACACUGAGAUUCCUCCGGCUGGGUUCAAUAAGCUGGUCAAAGUGGCCCCGGGCCGCGGGAUCUCCUGCAGCUCCAAGCCGGAGUCGACGCCUCCGAGGAGGGAUUCGCCUGACAGCAGCGACGGGGAGGAGGCAGAGCCGCUGGAAGUGACAGCGGGAAAAGAAGAGAGGGGGAACGAUGCAGGGAAAAAGAAAACAAACACUGCCCUCAGUUUCUCUGGGGACAGAGAAGCUGAAGAACCAACAUUUAAACUGAAGAAGUCCUCUGAUAAAGUGGUGUUGUUCCAAGCCAGGAAGAAGGAAGCUUCACCUGCCAAGACCCGCCACAGCACAGGCCCAGCUGGUGUCAGUGCCCCACCAUCUGUUUCUCCCAGGCAAGAUUCUGACAGUCAGUCUUCACCACAUAGUCUGUACCAUAGUGAUGACAGUGAAGAUGAUGAUGAUGGUAAUGAUGAUGAUAACAACAGCAAGAAAGAUGACAAUGACAGUGAUGAAGGUGGUGCCAGGUCUCCCUCAGCGAGCUCGGACUCCAGCCGCUCUUCUGCUAGACCAGUGCGUAUACCCAACGCUGAGGCGAUCCUGGCAGCCAAGAGGCAGCGUCAGGCCAUUCGAUCCCAGAAAGAGUACAUCUCCCUGGGCAGAGAUGGCCAGAGCUCCGCAGGUAGCACCCCAGAUCACUACAGCAGAGACGACGAUGAUGAAGAAAGAGUCGAUGAUGAUGAUGAACCAGAUGAUCAUGAGAGAAGAAUCGAGUUUGCACCACGACUGAAGAGCAUCAGAGAGAGGAUUGCUGAGAAGAUUGGAGGGAGUGAUGGCAGUCUGUCAGGGACUGAUGGGGAAGAGCAAGAACUUUGGGAGGAAACACAAAUUGGGAAGGGAGUCAAGAGACAUCCAGGAGGACAGAGCCCAUCUGGCAGUGAGUCCAGCAGCUCUGGCAGCAGCAGACGAAACAGAGGAAGACAAAAGACGAGACUAGCACGGGUCAGAAUCCCAAAGACCCUUCCUCCUGUCAGUGUUUCAAUGGUCAAGAGGAGGAUCACUGGAAAACUGGAGUCCCUGAAGGAGGUGCACAGAGCGCGGCAAGCAGAGUUGAGGAAGAUGGAGGGAGAUGUUGAAAGUGCUACAACCUCAGUGGAGGCGCUGAGUGAGAGUUCCUCAGAGAGGCAGCUGAAGUUCUACAGGAGCAUGACCCUCUAUGCUCACAACUUGUUGGAGUGUCUGCAGGAAAAGGUUGUGGAGAUCAACUCUUUGGAGCUGGAGCUUCACACUCUGCUGUCUGACCAGAUGGACACGCUGUUGGCUCAGAGAAGACAGAAGGUCAAGGAGCAGGCAGAGCGUCUGCAACAGCUCAGCUAUAGCACAGAGGAGCAGGGUGGAAGCUCAGCCAAUGGAUCAGAAAAUCAAGGGGACAUGAGCACUGAGGAAGACUUUGAUAUUCCUGAGGACUCCCUACCUUCAGCAGAAGAGGAAGAGCAGCUACAGAAGAAAAAGGCUGAUAUCAUGUUGAGGUCCCAGGCGUUGUUUUCGGACGUUCAGGAUGACUUCUGCGAUGUUAAAAAGAUUCUGUCUCGCUUUGAAGAAUGGAGAGGAUCUUACUCUGACUCUUACCACAGUGCCUACAUCUCUCUGUGUCUGCCAAAGUUGUUGAACCCGAUCAUUAGACAUCAGCUGCUGAUGUGGAACCCACUGAAGGAUACCAGUGGGGACUUUGAAAACCUCCCAUGGUUCUCAGCAGUGGAGACUUUUUGUCAUGGACAUGGCCACGAGGAGCUUGAAAACACAGACAGAGAGACGUUGUCUAAUGUCAUAGAAAAGACUGUCCUACCCAAAAUGACUGCCUUUGUGGAGCUGGUGUGGGACCCCAUGUCCCGUCAACAAUCAGUCUGUCUUACUGAUGUGUGUCACAGCCUGAAGGAGGACUACUCCAUCUUUGAAGGAGAGCAGAGCAAACCAGUCAAGACGUUCAUAGAGGCUGUGGUGAGGAGACUGAGGAGCUGUGUUGAUGAAGAUGUCUUCAUCCCUCUGUACCCAAAAAAGUUCUCAGAGGACAAGUUGACUCCUCAGAGUCGUUUCAGAGAACAACAGUUCUGGACGGCCAUUAAACUACUAGGUAACAUGGGGAAAUGGGCUUUGCUGCUUCCUGAGACUUUACUAAAGGAACUGAUGUUGGACAAACUGCUGAACAGAUACCUGAUGAUCACUCUGUGCAGUCAGACUCAACCCAACAAUACUAACCAUGCCUGCAAGAAGAUUGGAGAUGGCCUUCCGCUCUCUUGGUUCAAAGGUGUGAGCGCUUGUUUGCCUCAGCUCCAGAAUUUUGAGAACCAUCUUGUUCAAAAAGUUCAUACCAUCUGCAAACAGCAGUCUCCUAAAGAUCCGAACACGAGGUCUGCUGUGGUUGAAGUGCUGCAGCUUCUGAGCAGAAUCAGGUGCAAUGACUCCAUCAUGUCCAUAGCAGAGAAAUACCACUAUGAAGAUGUCAUCUACUCUCAUCAGCUGCUGAACCAAGACACAGAAUGAAGUGAUGUUAAAUGUGGUUACACAUAGAAUAUAUGGCAACAAAUGAUAAACCAAGGAACCAACUAAAAGAAAUGUGUAAAAACUAUUUUUAGUCAUGACAUUUUUGUUGUUUUGUACAUGAGAUAACUGUA